AACGUUAAUUUCAGGGUGCGUACGUACGCAUACGAUGAACGACGGAGCCGAGGGAGUGUCGAAGUGUCCAAGCCUUUGGUCCCCCCUGCAGCGCACUGUCUCCCUCGCGAUCUAUCUUCCCCAAAACCCAACAGCCAGAGAAUGAGAAAAGCUGUCGCAUUUUCUAUCCCCAUCCAUUCUUCUUCUUCUUCUUCUUCUUCUUCUUCAUCACUUUGUGUGAUGCAACAAAACUCUGCUUGACUUCCACAGAAAGAGCGAGGGAGGGAGGGAGAGAGAGAGAGAGAGAUAGAGAUGUUGCUGGGUCAGCUGCAGAGCUGCCAGCAGUUGAUUUUGCCACCUCGAGUUCCGACCCUUACCCGCCAUUCUUCUUCUUCUUCGCCUAACGGGAGAUACAUCCGAUUCCGAUGUUUUUGGACCAAUCCUGCAAUCCGAGCAUGCAACAAUCCUGCGGGUGACAGGGCAGAGAAAUGGGAGGGCAGCUCUGAGAGAACAGAGCAGCUAUGCUCUAGAAGAUGUGACAGUAACUCGGACAGUUUGGGUGCAAAACUUCUGAACACUGGCCAGAAUAGGAAUCUUCAGGGCCACAGCAUCAAGUUCGUGACGAGUCCUGUGAUGUUAUAUGCCUUUCUCAGGAUGGUCCAGUCGAAUCCUGCUAACACACUGAUAAAGAUAAUUCAACAUUUGGUACCUCGUGUGGUUCAGAAUUUAGGGGCAGCAACAAUACCGUUCGCCUGCAUGUCUAAUUCCUUAAAUAAACCAAAACCGCUCAAUUUGGAUGUAUCUUUGCCUUCACUCCAAGAUAUUCAGUGGAACUUCGCACGGCUUAUCUAUUUAUUCAACAUCCAACUCGAGAGAAACAUUGCCACGUUCCUCAUAGUGCUCCUUGCAGCAUGCUUCUCGUUUGUUCUCAUCGGUGGUUUUCUAUUCUUUAAGUUCCGGGGAAGUAAAGACUCACUUGAGGAUUGCUUUUGGGAGGCAUGGGCAUGUCUGUGUUCUUCCUCCUCUCAUUUAAGACAAAGAACACGUGUUGAAAGGGUCAUCGGCUUCACACUUGCUAUAUGGGGAAUACUGUUUUAUUCUCGCCUUCUUAGCACUAUGACUGAGCAAUUCAGGAACAAUGUGCAAAAGAUAAGAGAAGGGGCACAAAUCCAAGUCCUAGAGUCGGAUCAUAUAAUAGUCUGCGGAGUAAACAGUCAUCUUGGCUUCAUCCUAAAGCAGCUGAAUAAGUACCACGAGUUUGCUGUACGCUUAGGCACUGCCAAAGCUAGGAGGCAGAGGAUUCUUCUUAUGUCUGACCUUCCGAGGAAGCAGAUGGAUAAGAUUGCUGAUAAUAUUGCAAAGGAUCUCAGCCACAUUGAUGUCCUUACUAAGAGUUGCAGUCUUAGCUUAACGAAAUCAUUCGAAAGAGCUGCAGCAAACAGGGCAAGAGCCAUAAUAAUAUUGCCAGCACAGGGAGAGCGGUAUGAAGUUGAUACAGAUGCAUUCUUAUCAGUUCUAGCUCUUCAACCGAUUCCAAAGAUGGAAUCGGUGCCCACUAUUGUGGAGGUCUCAAAUUCCAAUACUUGUGACCUUUUGAAGUCAAUCUCAGGGUUGAAGGUUGAGCCUGUGGAAAGUGUUGCGUCAAAGUUAUUCGUCCAGUGCUCUCGACAAAAGGGGCUCAUAAAGAUCUACAGGCACUUGCUGAAUUACCAAAAAAAUGUAUUUAAUCUUUGCAGUUUUCCCAAUCUGACUGGUAUAAAGUAUCGGCAAUUAAGACGAGGAUUUCAAGAGGCUGUUGUAUGUGGUCUCUAUAGGAAUGGGAAGAUACAAUUUCACCCAAGUGACCACGAGAUUCUCCGGCAUGAUGACAAAGUUUUGUUCAUUGCACCCAUUCAUGGGAAAAGGAAGCUGCCAAUCGCAUCCCCAAAUACCAUCAAAGAAGGAAGCAAUUCCUUUUGGGUUCUUGACUCUCUUGAAGAAAAUAAUGAGAAGCCAACUGCCGCGGAUUUAAGAAAGAUGCGACUUGAAAAUAUAGUCAAGCGAUCGAAAAAAAGGGGCUCAAAGGCAUCUGAUUGGAACUCGGGACCAAAAGAAUGGGUACUUUUGCUUGGUUGGCGCUCUGAUGUUCCAGAAAUGAUUGCAGAAUAUGACAAUUAUCUUGGACCGGGUAGUGUAGUGGAGAUACUAUCGGAUGUUCCUAUAGAUGAGAGGAGCAAGGCAAGCAACCUUUCUGUGCAGGGAAAACUUAAGAAUGUUAGGGUUUCCCACAGGAUAGGGAAUCCAAUGAACUACGAUAUCUUGAAGGAAACUAUAGCAGAGAUAAAGAGCUCUUUCAAGAAUAAGGAAGAUGUUCCCCUGUCAAUCGCUGUAAUUCCUGACAGAGAAUGGCUUCUUGGAGAUCCAUCGAGGGCAGACAAGCAUUCUGCAUAUUCUCUUCUCCUUGCUGAGAGCAUUUGUAACCGACUCGGAGUGAAGGCACAAAAUCUAGUUGCAGAGAUAGUAGACUCAAAACUGGGCAAGCAAAUUACAAGAAUCAAACCAUCCCUCACUUACAUAGCAGCAGAGGAAGUAAUGAGCCUUGUGACGGCUCAAGUUGCUGAGAAUAGCGAGCUAAAUGGAGUUUGGAAGGACAUUCUCGAUGCAGAGGGUGACGAAAUAUAUUUGAAGGAUAUUAGCCUCUACAUGAAGAAGGGGGAGAACCCAUCAUUCUAUGAGCUUUCCGAAAGGGCAUACCUGAGACGAGAAGUCGCAAUCGGUUAUGUGAAAAACAACCAGAAGUUCAUUAACCCCAUUCCAAAGGCGGAGCCUCUGUCCCUAGAAAUGACGGAUUCAUUAAUUGUAAUAUCAGAACUCGAAGGAGAACAACCGAUCAUCGUGUAAAUUGUAGCCUCAAUCGAUUUAUUCUACGUACAUUCUUCUCCUUGUCUGUCUCUUUUCUGUUCUUUUGAGCAAUGCAGUGGGCUAUGGCUGCAUUCUUUUACAGAGCAGCCAUGCCACAUUUCUGUCAUUGAUAAGAUAUAAAACACUACGCCGCGGUUUGUCCGUUCUCUCGGAGAGAACUGCCAACUUCCGGUUCUGGCAAAUAAUGUACUCGCAUCAUUUUGAGAUGUGCAUGGAGUUUGCCAUGCUAGUUAUCCAAUAGCAGUGUAGCUUUUUCUUGAUA